UUCACUUGAUCUCAAGGUAUUAAAAUAUAUUAAAAAGCUGAAAUUAAAUAAACCCAAAGAAGUAAAAUGGAACCAUCAAAUGAAGCGUUUCCUGAAGCAAACGCACCAAUUUGCAAUAAUCAACAGCCAAGACGUGUUCAUUUUGAAAGGAACAACGCAGAUAUAGGCAAUCAAACUGAACAGUUGCUCGAUUUACUAUGGUACUUGGCCAACAAGUGUUGGCAAUGGUUUCGCCAAAAACUUGAGCAACUCAAGAGACUCUGUUUUCGUCCGAAAUGCAACAUCGAUCCGGAGAUUCUGGAGAGGAUUAGCCAAACACGAGGCUGGAAAACAUCAGCCAUUCGAUUCAUUGAGUUCCAUCCGAACACCUCGUUGAUGGCACUUCUAACCAAUGAUGAUGUGGUUCUGAUCUUCAACAAGAAUUGCGAUUGCCCCACCAAAAUACAAUCCCUUAAGCAGAAGGACACCACCUGUGUCGCCUUUCGUCCUUGGUCGCAAACUUGUGAAUUUGCAGUGGGUUGUGCAGACGGGAUAUGUUUGUGGUGGGACAGUCGGCGUCUCAAUGCCAAUUCAAAUAUUCGACAUAUGAUGGGCACUCAUCAAUUGCAAGUCCUGGAGGAUAAAGGGCACAACUAUGUGACUACGAUGCAAUGGAAUGAAGAUGGCACCAUUCUGGUUACAGCCGCAUUGGGCUCAUCACACAUCAUGCUCUGGAAGCCGGACUGCCAGCAGAAGAUGCGUUUGAUAUCGAAUCCGGAGAGCUUAGGCUCCUUCUCCCUGCUGCGAUUCAGUCCCGAUUUCCAGGAGCUUUUCUGCGCCUCCUGCCAUGCUGGCGCCAGUCUUUGUCAACUGAAUAGCUCGGAUUGGAAGUUGAAACAGAUCAUUGGGCAGCAACGCAUUCAAACGGCCGUCUGGACAACGUGCGGCUCCAUUUUGCUCUUUGGGUGUUACGGCAGCACUCGGGUCUACUCAUGUUCCAGCGAUGGGGAGGACAGUGUCUUCCUACGCCCCCAGUCCCAGUGGCGCGUUCAGUUGAUAAUGGAUCUGCAGAGUGUGACCACCCUUGCUGGCCAGCAACGGUGCUGCGGUGAGCCGCAGUGCCUCGCCAUGGACCCACUGGGCAUCUUCAUGGCCAGCAUCUUCAAGGAGCAGUCCUUCGUGCUGCUCUCGAUACUGAAUACAUCGCGGUGGGGUACUGUGAAACUGCUGCCAGUGGAAUUCAUUGAUUGCGAUAUGUAUAUGGAUGGUGACCAAUAUCCAGCUUACCUUGCCUUUGGCGUUCUCGAAGGAGAAAUCAGAAUGUUGAUGAUCGCCUGGAAUAGCGGGUACAUUCAGCGAUAUGACAUCAGAGCGCGGUGUUUCAAAGAAGCCAAGUGGGCUUUCAGUAAAAUAUAA